UCGAUUGUUGCUCAGCUGUUUGGUAGCUGGCGGCUGAGAGGGAGGAUCACAAAGGAUCAGACUCCAGGGGAAACAACAGCUGAGAUUGGGAUAAAAACAGUGUUAAGAUGGCGAGCCUCUGCCUUUGGCUGAUCUUUCUCUCCGCGGUCAAGAUAUCCCACUGCCUUCCGGUUAGCCUCAAAAGGGAUGAGCUGUUGGCCAAGGAGAAUAACCAAAGGGCCGGAGGCAAUAUUCUUCUGGGAGAGCGGGAGAUGGAGGCCAACAAAAACCUGAUGAGCAUAAAGGAAGCGGAGAUAAGGGAGGCUGAACGUACCGGGGUAUUCCCUCCCAGCAUGCACUUCUUCAGGGCUAGGGGACUCAUCCAACAGAGCAAGGUUUUCAAGAUCUUAAGGGAAAUGCCCAAAGGGGCCGCUCUUCAUUUGCAUGACUUUGCGAUCCUUGAUGUGGAUUGGCUGGUAAAGAAUGCAUCCUACCUCCCGGACUGCUACAUUUGCUUUACCGACGGAGGGGAUGUACGGUUUCUGUUCUCCAAACCCGCCCCGGUCGGAAACCUACCCCGCGGCUGCUCAGAGUGGCUCCUUCUCGAAACCUACAGGAAGAAGCUGGGAGACGUGACAGACUUCGAUAACGGACUAAUCCAGAACCUAACGCUUCUAACAGACAACCCAGAGCUGACCUACCCCACGCAGGAUAUAAUCUGGCGUAGAUUCGAGGGGGCUUUCAUCACUGCCGCGGGACUUAUCUGCUACGCCCCUGUCUUUAAAUCAUACAUCUACGAGGCUCUCGCUGAGCUGUACCAAGACAACAUUCAGUAUAUAGAGAUGAGAGCCAUGCUCCCCCCGGUCUACGAGUUGGAUGGGGCCAUCCAUGACCGUUCUUGGCUGGUGGCCACUUACAGAGAUGUGACCAAGAAGUUUAUGGAAGCUCAUCCGGAUUUCCUGGGCUUAAAAAUCAUCUUCACCGUCCACAGGCACGAGGAUGUCUCCAAGGUGAAGGACGCCGUGUAUGUUGCUAUGAAGCUGAUGGAGGAAUUCCCAGAUGUCAUGGCCGGCUUUGACCUUGUUGGUCAAGAGGACGCAGGAAAUUCCCUGUAUCAGUUGCAAGAUGCCCUCAAGAUACCCAGUUCGAUGGGGGUCAACCUUCCGUACUUCUUCCACGCUGGAGAGACUAAUUGGCAAGGGAUGGAAGUGGAUGAGAACGUGUUGGACGCCCUGCUGUUGAAUACCUCUAGGAUAGGGCAUGGAUACGCCCUCGUCAAACACCCCAUGGCCCGCGAACUGUCUUUGAAAAUGAACGUUCCGCUGGAAAUCUGUCCUGUGUCCAAUCAGGUGCUGCUACUGGUGUCUGACCUCCGAAAUCAUCCGGCAGCCGCAUUGCUGGCUGACGGGCAUCCACUGGUGGUGAGCUCAGAUGACCCGUCCAUCUUUGGGGCGCAAGGUGUAUCCUACGAUUUUUACGAGGUGUUCGUGGGAAUUGGGGGCUUGAAGGCGGAUCUGAGGACCUUAAAGCAGUUGGCGAUCAACUCUAUCAAUUACAGCGUUUUGUCGCAAGAUGGCAAAGACAGAGCUAAAGAAGUCUGGCAGAAGAAGUGGGACGCUUUUGUAGACAAUCUGGCCAAGGAGACAUGGUGGAAACAGCUGUAGAUGUCGCAGAAGGACCCCAGGACCGCCGUGGCCCUUAUUCGGCAUCAUGUGAAGCUGCUGGAAGACGGUCCGGAAACCUAAAGAAAACAACUUCACAGAAUAUUGAAUAAGGGUCGUCAAAAGGGUGAACACGUGUGACUGGGACGAGUGCAUGGGGAGAGAAUGACGUCUAAUGAGAAGGAACGUUGAGUUGGAAUUGGGGUGGGGGGGAUGACCAGAGGGGACAUUAUGUGAGAAAGGGACUAAUGCUAUUUUGGAAGCUAAUCACUAAUCUUUGUCCAGAAUGAAGAGAAACCUCAGUGAAUUUUAGCAGUAAGUUUGUUACUCCAGUAAUAUCGCCUUGGGCUGAACUCACUACUUAGUGAAUAGACUCCCAAAGGAAGUAAACACCAGGAAAGAGGGAAUUAGGGGAACGCGGUAGACAUGGGGAUUAAGAAUUCUAGAAUGUUGUGAAAUGCUUAAGAAGAAAGGAUGUAUUGGGUGAUAAAA